CUCGCUGCCACCUUCUGCUAGCACGAUGAGCGGUUCAAACGCGAAAGGGAGCUUUCCAUCCCGGGUGUCUGAGUGGAUCAGCUCGACGUAUCGCUUUGCGACAGACAGAAACGACUUUAGGAGGAAUCUUCUGGUUAACCUGGGUUUGUUUGCCGCCGGAGUCUGGGUGGCUAGAAAUCUCUCAGAUUUCGACUUGAUGUCUCCUCAGCCGGUGACUUAACCUGCUGAUCUUGAUCAAAAACAGGAUGAUUGAAUCUUGGACCAACAAAGAAGAAGUGAGGGACAUGAUGAAAUACUUG